AAAUAUACUAAGUUCCAUAAACUCUAUGUCUAUGGAUGAAUGUGUAUAUAACUAUAUAUACAUGCGACUGAGACAUUCUGGUAAUUUUGUUUACAAAUGAAGGGCAUUUCGGUAUAGUGUGUCAUACACUGAAUAAAGGAGGAACUUACUUGGAAGUGAUUCACUGUUCACUCAUACAAUCAUAUACAUGCACUACAAGUUCAUGCAUUGAAUUCAACAACUGGUUAUAUCAAGCAUUAUGUAUCCCAUCAGAUUAGAGAAGAAAAAGAAGAUGGAAGAAGAUUGAGACGAUAAGGUUUUUUGCCCUAAACAAGAAGAAACAGAUAACAGUACAUCACCAUAUCAGCAGAUAUAUUUAAGUAUGGGAAGAGGUAAGAUAGAGAUUAGAAGGAUUGAAAAUUCGACGAACAGGCAAGUCACAUUUUCAAAAAGAAGAGGAGGAUUGUUGAAGAAAGCUCAUGAACUUGCAGUUCUUUGUGAUGCCCAGCUUGGGCUCAUUAUCUUCUCAAGUAGUGGCAAGAUGUUUGAAUACAGCUCUCCUCCAUCCAAUAUGCGACAAAUCAUUGAGCGAUACCAGAAGACUUCAGGAGUGCGCAUUCAGGAGUACGAUAACCAGCAAAUAUUCACGGAAAUAACGAGGAUGAAGCAUGAGACAGAUAAACUUCAGGCUAAGAUGAGACGGCAUACGGGAGAGGAUCUGAAUGACUUACGUUAUGACGAUUUGGAACAACUGGAACUUCAACUUGAAAACUCCGUUAACAAAGUCAGAGCUAGGAAGAACCAGCUUUUGCAGCAGCAGCUAGAUAACCUGCGUAGAAAGGAGCAAAUCCUGGAGCAGCAACACAACUACUUAUGCCGUUAUUUGGAGCAACAAGCAUCUAUGGAGGAGCAUCAUCGUCCUCAGUCAUUACUUUUGGAACCUAAACUAUCACUAAGUGGAGAAGAACAAUCAGCAGUGGCUACUGCAACAGGGGGGGCAACCACAUUUGAUAUUCACUUUGCAAUGCAACCAUACCAUCCAGCUUAUCAAGUGGAUCAAGGGUGCAGCAGCAGCAGCAGACACAAUAGUCGUAGCAGUCUUGAAUUUUCUUCUCUUCUUCAUCAUCAACUUCAUCCCUAUCGUCUUCAGCCAACUCAACCUAACUUGCAAGAGGUAGUUACUGCUGAUCAACUUCAACACCGUGGCCUGCAACUCUGAGUCACUGUAAAAUUGCAAAUGAAGCAUCUUCAUGAAGAGAAAUACUGUUGCAAACUGAAGAUGAAGGAAAAGAUAAAUCUAUAUACUUAUAGUAUGUGUGUUCUAAAGAUACUAUUUUCGUAAUAAAUUGUAAGGCAGAUAUGUACAUGAACUGCAGUAUAGUUGUGUUUCGUUCCUAGCUAGUUACAGUAUUUAAUUAAUUAUCAUUUCAUGAGUAUGAGGUUCAUUACACAGUUGGUUGGCUGGAAGCAAUUGGUGUUUCUGGCUGAGAUUUUAUAAUGCCUGCUUGCUGUUGCACGCACGCGCAGAGAUAUAUAUGAAGUAUGAAUUUGCUACUGCCACCUUCCAUAAUAAUGGUAUACCUUAAUUGGCUUUGAAAUCUCUCAGCAUAUAUGUGUACACAUAUGAAGUGAAGGUGUUUCUAAUU